UGAAGAAUUUUAACUUGAUGGAACUCAAUUAGAACUCUAUGGCUUUCCUACAACAAUAAGCAUCACAAGGGUUUAGGAGGGGUUUUCAGGAUUACGGCUUUUGACGGUUGUUUCUUUCCCAUGUUUAUCCGCCGUCUAAUUCCUCCUAAAACCCUCUACAUAGUCUCCUUACACCGGCAGUGGUCAGCUCGGAAUCUCCGUUCCAUUCACAAUGCACACCAAGUGUUUGAUAAAAGUCUUAAACCAGCUCUUGUUUCCAUUCACCAAUCCAUGCUCAAUUGGAUACACCAAAACCGUAAAAUUGAAGCUCUUAAGCUAUUCAAGAAUCAGCUCCAAAUGGGUAUCUCAGAAAUCGAUGAAGUUGCAAUAGCCUUAGCUCUAAAGGGUUGUCGUGAAAAUGUAAAUCUUGGGUCUCAAAUCCACAGCUUGGCCAUUACCAGUGGGUUCAUUUCAUUUACAACAGUCCCAAAUUCAUUAAUGAGCAUGUACUGUAAAAAUGGGCAUUUUAAUAAGGCUUUGUGUGUGUUUAACAGCCUUGAUUUUCCUGAUAGAGUUUCUUAUAAUACCCUGCUUUCGGGUUUUGAAAAUGGUAAAGAGGCAUUGAGUUUUGCUCUUUGGAUGCAUUCCAUUGGGUUUAUGUUUGAUGCUGUGAGUUAUACUACUGCUCUUAGUCAUUGCACGAAUGAAGAGGAAUUUCGCUUUGGUAUCCAAUUGCAUUCUCUUGUUCUGAAGUUCGGAUUGGAGAAUGACGUUUUCGUUGGGAAUGCACUUGUGACUAUGUAUUCGAAGUGGGGUAGUAAUAUGGCGGAAGCUGAAAGAGUGUUUUAUGAAAUGUUGCAUAAAGAUUUGGUUUCGUGGAAUGCAUUGCUCUCGGGCUAUGCACAGGAAGGGAGUUACUCGUGCCAAGCCACUUUGGGGUUUAGGGAAAUGAUGAAGGCAGGAGUGAAACCUGAUCAUGUGUCAUUCACCAGUGCUGUAUCUGCUUGUGGACAGGAAAGAUCUUUGGAUCUUGCGAAGCAGAUACAUGGUUUGGUUAUUAAGAUGGCGUAUGGUACUCAUGUUUCAGUGUGUAAUGUUUUGAUAUCGUUGUACUAUAAGUGUGAUGUCACCGAAGAUGCAAAUAAGGUUUUCCAAAGUAUGACGGAACGUAACGUAGUGUCUUGGACGACAAUGCUUUCCAUCAAUGAUGAAAGUGCUGUAUCUGUUUUUAAUGGGAUGCGGAGGGAUGGGGUUUACCCUAAUCACGUUACUUUUGUUGGAUUAAUUCAUUCUAUAACUGUCAAGAGUUCGUUACCAGAGGGCCAAAUGAUUCACGGAUGUUGUUUAAAAACGAACUUCUUCUCAGAACUAAAUGUUGCUAAUAGCUUCAUUAGCAUGUAUGCUAAGUUUGAAUUAAUGGAAGACGUGUUUAAGGUUUUUGAAGAGCUCGACCAGAGAGAUCUCAUAUCGUGGAACGCAUUGAUUUCUGCAUAUGCUCAAAAUGGAAUGUCUCGAGAAGCUUUACAAACAUUCUUGUCAGCAUCAAUGAAGUUGCUACCUAAUGAAUACACGUUUGGCAGUGUCUUGAGCGCGAUCGCCUCAUCUGAGUGCAUUUCUUUAAAGCACGGCCAGCGAUGCCAUGCUUGUUUGAUUAAGCGGGGUUUCAACAGGAAUCCAAUUGUUUCAGGUGCUCUUCUUGACAUGUAUGCUAAACGUGGGAGUAUCGCUGAAUCUCGAGGAGUUUUCUAUGAGAUAGCUGACAGGAGCCAAGUUUCGUGGACUGCUAUUAUUUCUGCUCAUUCGAGGCAUGGAGAUUAUGAAUCGGUAAUGGCUUUGUUUAAGGAGAUGAGGAAGAAAGGCGUGAGUCCUGACUCAAUAACUUUUCUUUCUAUACUCACAGCAUGUGGUCGAAAAGGGAUGGUUGAUAUGGGAGUAGAUAUUUUCAAUUCCAUGGUUAGAGAUUACUCCAUUGAACCAUCUUCAGAGCACUAUUCUUGUAUGGUGGAUAUGUUUGGUCGGGGGGGGAGGUUAAAGGAGGCUGAAAUAUUUUUGGUUCAGAUUCCAGGAGGACCUGGAUUGUCUGUGUUGCAAAGCUUACUUGGUGCAUGUAGGAUUUAUGGAAAUGUGGAGAUGGCAACAAAAGUAGCCAAUACUUUGAUUGCAUUAGAACCGGAGCAGUCAGGUUCAUAUGUCUUGAUGUCGAAUUUGUUUGCAGAGAAGGGGCAAUGGGAAAAGGUAGCAAACAUCAGAAAAGGAAUGAGAGACAAGGGAGUGAGGAAAGAGAUAGGAUUCAGCUGGGUAGAUGUAAUAGGUAGCAUUGAUUGUUCUUUAAAUUUGCAUGGAUUUUCAUCGGAUGACAAGUCUCACCCCCAGACCGAGGAGAUAUAUAGGAUGGCAGAAUGGAUUGGUUCAGAGCUGAAGUAUUUGGAGCACGAAGAAGAAGAGAGCGAGUCUGUGGCAUUAGCGUGUAUAAUAUGAGUUCCUUAAAAAACUUGCUGGAACCUAUUAAGCUGCUGCAGUUGAGAACCAUGCUAUUUUCUUGGUCACAUUGUGGUUGAUGUUGGUGCUGGUAGUUGCAUUUUGUCAUUAUUUGAAGCUCAGGCGAUCUACUUGUAGCAAUGCAUUUUGUGCUUUUCGGUGAACGAUAUCAACAUCUGCUGAUAUACUCUAUCUUUUCUUUUUCCCACCUAUCUCUCAAACCAAAAAACUCUCUCAGGCCGGUACAAAGCACGUUUAUGCCAUAUAGGCUUCUGAAAUGGCUGACUAUGCCAGGAGACUUAUUGCUGGAAAUCCAUCACCGAGUAAAAAGUUACUGUAGUCAAAAGAAAAGGUUGAAGAGGUAGAAUUACCUGAGAAAGCUGAUAUUUUGAUCUCUGAGCCAAUGGGUACUUGAUUAGUUAAAGAAAGAAUGCUGGAGUCUUAUGGGGGGCUUUGGUCCAGUUAUAAGAGCAUAGCACAUACAUGUGUGGGUUAGGCGCACGUCACAGGUUCGAACCCUUCUGCAUACAAAAGUCUGGUAUUUAAGUGGAGUAGUAUAGAAGGGUGGGCUCAUUAUUGGCCGAGUUCUGAACCGUGCACCAUUGACCCGCAGGGAAUUCUCAAGAAUUCUGGAGUCUUGUAUGAUUGCAAGACCAAUUUUUUGUUCAAAAUCUUUAAUUUGCUUGUAUACAGGGUUUUCCAUCAGUAAUAAAAAUUGUUUACCUUAUAAUUUAGUCUUCCUACACUAAUCAAUAUGGAUCCCAAGGGCACCUACAGAGGUCUUUAUGGUUGGCGGCUAGAGGAGCGAUUUUGACUGCCAAAAAUUUGAGUUAGAGGAGGGUCUCCUAUGUUAGUUGGUGUUUCACGUGCACGAAUUUGAGAGGAUGUGGAUCACCUUCUAUUGUGAGAUGGCAUUCUGAUUAUGGUGGGAGAUUUUGAGAUGGUUUGGGUUAGUGUGGACCAUGCUGAGUAUAAUGAAGGAUGCUCGAUUUAGCUAGGCAUUUAGAAGACGGAAGAGAAGAGAAGAGAAGACAUAGAGCGUAGGAUAUUGCUCCGUUGGCUUUAAUGUGAGUUGUACGGAGUGAGAGAAAUAAGAGAGCGUUUGAGGGAAGUGAGUUUGCUUUUGUACAUUUGAAGAAAAUUUCUUAUCUUUGAUAUCUUUUUGGUACACCCAUAAGGUUCCUAUUUAAAUUGAAGAAUGGGUGUCUUCAGCAGAGAACCAUUCAUUUUUGUAGGUUCUCUACAUUUUGGUAUACUUCUAUAGGGGAGUUUAUCCCCCAUUAUUAAUGAAUUUCUUCCUUGUUCAAGAAAAAUUCUCAUUAUUCAGCAUUU